CGUGUAUCGACGACGAGUAUAGCACUGCAGGUAAGAGAUGAGAAGGAGGUUGAUAAGAAGAGAGUGAUGCAGUAAUCCUCCUUCGUCUAUAUGGACAACUGUGUACAAUUGUACAUCAAUUGAGGACAUUCAGCAAUGCUUGAUAUUUUGGCGGGCGAACGGAGCCGAGCUGGAGCUGGCGUCAUCGUUCAAACAUGCAAUUCCCAAUCGAGGCACAUGUCGCCGUCGUCGUCGUCGGGAUCCUCGAAUCCUCGCGCCUCUCCUGCCUCGCUUCCCGUUCCCACCGUCUCACAUCCCCCACAAGCCGAGCGUCCACCGAGACAGCUCUUGCAAGUGACUGUCCUGCAUCCUAGCAGAGUAUGGCAGUGUCUGGACUAUCAAUCGCUCGUUGGCGUUUAGACGGGGUUUUUGCCUCUUUUCUCUCCUCCAGUCCGGCUUCUUCCCCAGCCCUGUCAGUGUCGAGAACCAAUCCCCGUCGGCCGCUUUUCCUCCCUAACUCUCAGAACUCCUCUUCCGCCCUUGACCCGGGUCCAAUACCGCAGUGUCCAAGCUUGGCCAGAACCGGUCGAGAUGAACAAGCACGCUUUAGGACCGUGCCCCGGGGUGUCAUACCUCUCAGCUCAUCGGAGAUGGAGGGAAGCAACAUCAACCAGUCAUGUCGCCGCGCUCGGCCGAUCCGCCGCUCUCUGGGGAGGUGGCUGUUGUUACUUAACUCAUGGCGCAUGCUCCUCUUUUCCACUUUUCUCUCAAUGACUGUUUAAGCUCCUCGGCUCGUCUGUCUGUCGAUUGUCCUCAUCAUCCAGGUCUCUCCUCUCUUGUAGUGUUUGUUUGAGGGUGUUGUGUUCUCUCAGAGUAGUAGACAGAGCCAGACGACAGCGGCCUACCUUUUUCGUACAAAGUCUUCCUCGUGAACACCUUCAACAUGUCUGCUCAAAUUGAACAAGAAGAGCAGAAAUACCUGCAAGACGUGGAAGCCAUCAAGCAAUGGUGGACCGACUCGAGAUGGAGAUAUACCCGACGACCCUACACUGCCGAGCAGAUUGCCCAAAAGCGAGGCACCAUCAAGAUUGAAUAUCCCAGCAACACGCAAGCCAAGAAGCUGUGGAAGUUGGUUGAGCAUCGAUUUGCUACCAAGACCGCCUCGACGACCUAUGGCUGUCUCGAACCCACCAUGCUCACCCAGAUGAACAAAUACCUCGAGACCGUCUACGUCUCUGGUUGGCAAUGUUCUUCGACCGCCUCGUCGACCGACGAGCCAUCCCCCGAUUUGGCCGACUACCCGAUGAACACGGUGCCCAACAAGGUCAACCAGCUGUUCAUGGCGCAACUGUUCCAUGACCGCAAACAGCGAGAGGAGCGUCUCACGACGCCCAAGGAGAAGCGAGCCCAGGUGGCCAACACGGAUUUCCUGCGCCCCAUCAUCGCCGACGCCGACACCGGCCACGGAGGCUUGACGGCUGUGAUGAAGUUGACCAAGUUGUUCGUCGAGCGCGGUGCGGCCGGCAUCCACAUUGAAGACCAGGCCCCUGGCACCAAGAAGUGCGGCCACAUGGCCGGAAAGGUGCUGGUGCCCGUGUCCGAGCACAUCAACCGUCUAGUGGCGAUCCGAGCCCAAGCCGACAUUAUGGGUGUCGACUUGUUGGCCGUUGCCCGGACGGAUGCCGAGGCCGCGACGCUGAUCACCACGACCAUCGACCACCGUGACCACGCGUACAUCUUGGGAUCGACCAACGCGAACCUGCAACCGCUCAAUGACCUCAUGGUCGCAGCCGAACAAGCCGGCAAGAACGGCGACCAGCUCCAAGCCAUCGAGGACAACUGGAUGCAACAGGCCGGCCUGAAACUGUUUGACGACGCCGUCAUCGACGCCAUCAACGCCGGCGUGCAUGUGGACAAGCAGAGUCUCAUCGCCAAAUACAAGGAAGCCUCCAAGGGCAAGUCGAACAACGAAUGCCGCGCCAUCGCAAAGGGUUUAACCGGUGUCGACAUCUACUGGGACUGGGAUGCCCCUCGCACCCGAGAGGGUUACUACCGGCUCCAGGGUGGCUGCCAGUGCGCCAUCAACCGCGCCAUUGCGUAUGCUCCUUAUGCCGACAUGAUCUGGAUGGAGAGUAAGCUGCCGGAUUACGCUCAGGCGAAGGAAUUCGCCGAGGGCGUUCAUGCCGUGUGGCCGGAACAGAAACUCGCCUACAACCUCUCCCCCUCAUUCAACUGGAAGGCCGCCAUGUCCGCCAAAGACCAAGAGACCUACAUCCAACGCCUCGGCGAGUUGGGAUACUGCUGGCAAUUUAUUACUCUGGCAGGUCUGCAUUCGACCGCGCUGAUUUCCGACACUUUCGCCAAAGAAUUCGCCAAGCGCGGCAUGCGUGCCUACGGCGAAUUGAUCCAGGAGCCCGAAAUGGCGGCCAAGAUUGAUGUCGUGACACAUCAGAAAUGGUCCGGUGCGAACUAUGUGGAUGGGUUGUUGAAGAUGGUCCAGGGGGGCGUUAGUUCGACGGCUGCGAUGGGCAAGGGGGUGACGGAGGAGCAGUUUCAUUGAGACUGGACUGGACAUUAAAGGAGAUGGAUAGUGUGAACCGAGCGAGCGAGAAUGAACCCGUGGAUUGGAUUGGAUUGGGAUGCAAUCAAACGGGAAUGUGAAUAUUGAUUGGAAAGUGAAAAAUGGAAAGGGCAAAAUAGGUUAGGUGGAUUGAUCUCGAUCGAUUUGGAUCCAUCCAUCCAUCCGAGAAUGAUGAUGUGCUUGAAUAGUGUCCGAGAGAAUGGGUGAAGGAAAAUGGGGUGUUUUGUGCCAGUUUGGCUAUACGUCAAUACGUCAAUACCUAUGUCGAUAUGUAUACCUGUAUCCGCUAUACUCUAUUGUCUACCUAUGUGCAUGUCUUGAUAGGCAGUAUAGGGUAUGCACAGAACUACCACCUAGGUGACUACUUAGUCCCUGCUACGAGGUGGUGCUGUAUUGUAGUCACGGUUGAAUCUUCUCGUUGGGUGACUGAUCUGAUGCUCCUCCGAUGCUUAUAACUGAAAAGGUCCAAUGCAGCACGCGAGUAACUAAAGCAAGGAAACUGGCGGCCUGGCGAGCAGCACGGCAGACCAAGUCAAAUUGUUGAAAAAGAAAUAUAGGUACCAAAACUCGACUCUCCUCCGAGUUCUUGACUCUUGUGCUCUUGAAUAUAAAAUAUGCCG